AUGAGUCUCAGCGUUGCCAUAAUCAUUCAUUUACUACUGCUUGUUGACAAGGCUUAUACUAAAAAAGGUGUCAAAUGUGGAGGAGUCCUCUCAGGCCCAUCUGGUAAUUUCUCCAGUCCAAACUUCCCAAGGCUUUACCCCUACAACAUUCACUGUUCCUGGCUGGUUGUGGUGCCAGAGGGCUCCUCUGUCCUCCUCACCUUUCAUCAUUUUGAGCUGGAGUACCAUACCAGCUGUGCUUACGACUAUAUCAAAAUAUACAAUGGCAUAUCUGAGGAUGAGGGCAACCUUCUUGGGACAUUUUGUGGCGACACAUCUCCACCUCAGUUCACCUCUUCCUGGAAUGUCAUGUCUAUUAUCUUCCACUCAGAUCGCCAUGUGGCCAACAGGGGCUUCAGUGCUGGCUACAGAAAAGAUGUGUGUGGUGGUGUUCUGACCGGACUGUCAGGUGUAAUAUCCAGCCCAGGCUACCCUCAGGAUUACAGCAACAAUGCAGACUGCUCCUGGGCAAUCCAUGUGUCCAGCAUGAGCGUUGUCACCUUGGUCUUCUUGGACUUCCAACUGGAAAACAAUGACGGGUGUAAUUUUGACUUUGUUGCCCUGUUCGACGGCCCAACGGUCAGCCAUCAGCACCUUGGCAAAUACUGUGGGGCAGACAAACCCCCCAAUAUAGUCACAACUUCCAAUCAACUUCUAGUGGUCUUCAAGUCAGACUUUAAUAUCGGAGGACGGGGAUUCAGGGCCUAUUAUUACUCAGGUGAAUGCCAGCAGGUCCUGUCAGCUGUAAGUGGCAACUUCAGCAGCCCUCUUUUCCCCAACAUCUACCCAAACAACAUCAACUGCCACUGGAAAAUCAACCUAGAAGCUGGAUACCGCAUCAAACUCUUCUUCCCCAUCAUGGACCUGGAGGACCGUAACAGCUUGUCAGAUAAAUGUGACUACGACUCUGUGGCAGUUUAUGAUGGGGACAGCCAGAUGGACGCCCUGCUGGGACACUGGUGUGGCAGGGAGCAGCCUCCUUCUCUCGUCUCGAAGGGAAACGAGCUGCUGGUGGUGCUCAGCACAGACAGAAAUGAAGCUCAUAGAGGUUUCACUGCCUCUUAUCUUGGAGUGGUGCCUGUAAACGUUAGCUGCACAAGAUCAGAAUUUACCAUUCUGAUACCGCAGCAGUCCUUACCUCACCUGGACAAGGAUAGCAUCUACCUGGGAAACCCAACCUGCACAGCGCAGUUAACAUCAACCUCCUACAAAAUACUGGCUCAGUUUGUCAACUGCGGUACUGCAAGCCAGAAACACCGAAACAUCACCAUGCUCGUAAACAAGCUCUACAUCGAUUUCUCUGAUGGGAAGCAGCAAAACGUGCAGGAAUACAAGGUGCAGUGCGAUUCCUUGCGGAAGAUAGCUGCAGUGUCCAUCAUUUCUGCGGAGGAGCGACGCCUGGAGGAGCAGGCCCUGCAGACGGACGGUGACAACAGCGGCUUUGCAGCGGACUUAGAAACUAAGCCUCAUGACUUGAGUGACAUUGUCUUCAUCAGCAUCUGUGUUCUUGCUGUCAUUCUCAUGAUGAUAGCCAUUGUCUGGCUGGUGCUUCUUUAG